AUGUCACUGCCAGGUGCACAAGAACUAUCUGGGUAUGAGCUCUCGCAACGACCGACGAUACGCGGACUCGCCACAGCAGUGAUGAACACGUCGCCAGACGAACUAAGUUCACUCCGUCGUCGUGCCGUGACCGACAAUAGCGACCCAGUCGAAUAUGAGCGCCAGCGUCAGAAGAAGAAGGAAUACGCGAAGACAUUCCGCGACAACGAAAAACAUUAUUUUGAGCAGCUCCGCGUUCGCCUAUUCCCGGAUGACCCAAACACGCGCCGUGCCGAGUGCCUUGAGCGCGCUGUCAGUGCUCUAGACGAAUUGGAAGCCCGUAAAGCUCGUGCGGUCCAGCACGACGCUGAGAUCGAGGAGUUGCGGACCCAGUUGGCGCACGCGCGUCGUGAUGCGUGCCAGCGCGACGACGAGUUUGCACAGGCCACUACUCCGCCCAGAUUUGGGGCAUCAGAGGACUCCGAGCCGCAAGAUAUACUGGACACACAAGACAUUUCCAUUGUGUGGUCACCGAAUCAAGCACGUUACGGACCGUCCAUGUCGCCGCAUCUUGCUGGCUACUACACAUUCGAAGACCAUUCUACUUCCCCCAGUCCCUCUCAACUCGAGACUGGCGGUUCCCGCCCAUUCCCGCAUCAGGACUGUGAACACGCAGGGUCCUCAGGACUAGCGCAUAGCGUUGCUGAAUGCCCAUGUCAGCGUCAAGCUUCGAGGUCCAAGCUCGUGUGGCUUUUCAACCAGUUCACUUAUUAUGAGCAGCUACGCUCUGUGCAAUCGGACGGAACCUUUGAGCUCGUACGCACCGUGAUACUUUGCGAAUGGAAACACGCGGGUACCUUUCUUAUCGCCGUUGCAGCGGUCGACGCAACAGUGUACGGAUACGCUCAAACAGGGACCGCAUUCGUAGUGGAGAAAUUGGCUUUACGCUUUCUGACGAUCUCCGCCAUAUUGACCGCCUUGGGUCUGAGUAUUGAUGCUGUCUUCAUACUGCGUUACUUGAAUGCGGAUGCAGAGAGCUUUGCGAAACGAGCAUACAGCGAGCGACUUGGGUACUUCUUUUUUGCCAUUCACUCCCGGGUUCCAUUCGUGGCUUUAUGCAUAUCCUUGAUCGCCCUGUCUAUGUUCAUGUUGGCUGUUGCGUAUACUGCUUGGCCAGCAGUGGUCGUCGUCCUGAGCUCACUGGUUUCUCUCCUUCUCCUCAUAGACUACAUCGUGUGGUUCAUCGUGCAGCUUGGUUCAGUGAUCGUCAAAGCUAGAACUGUGGUAGUUGAAGCUGCACGCGACGUAUGGGCUUCUGCGAAGCUGCUUAUUGUACGACCAUAA